GUUUGCAAAGCCAAGGAGGUCAGACAGGCCUGGUCUGGAGCCGACUCACUUCCAGGAGCAGACAGAGAGCAAUGUCAUCACGGAUCCGCCCAUCCCUCCGGGCCUGGGCGGCCAGGUUUCCUGACUUACAGCAGCAAAUCGCACUGGGCAGUGACCUGUCUGCGGGGCUCAUCUGCCCUCCAGCCCGUGUGGCCCUUGAGGACAGGAUUGUAUCUGACUCAUCUCAAUAGAGCUGGGGAGGACUUGAGCCCAGGCAAGCUUUGCUUUGCUUUUCCUUUCUUUUCUUUCUUUUUAGUUUUUUCCCUUUUCACCUGAAAGACAUCUGGCCCUCCUUUCCCUUUUUUUCUAAGAAACCUCCUGGAUGAACAAGGUCUGGAAAACUACUCAUGGCCAGAAGAGUCAUGUUCUCUUUUUGGGCCCCAGGUGAGCCAGGUGAGAUGUCAAUAUGAGGAAAGAACUGGACUGUGUGUGUGUGUGUGUGUGUGUGUGCAUGUGCAUGUGUCUCAGAGGUCUGGAAGACCCAGGACCUCUCUCCUGGGGAGGGUGAGAUACAGCUCUGGGGCCUCAGCCAUCAUGGCUGUGCAACCCAUCCCAAGCUCUGAUCUGUGGCUUUUCUAGAGCAUUCUGGGCUGCAUACCACUUAAAGAGUCUUGUACCUGGGGGCCCAGGCCUGGGACUGGAGGAGCUUAGGCCCUGAGAUCCUGGGAGCUUCCUUGAGGACAACCCAGGCUGCUGCAUUUCACUCAUCGCCCCCCAUCUGCUUUUGUGGCCCUCACCCUCCUGCCUGUUACCAACACUCUGGAUCACCGGGCUGCGAACUUCCCACAGAACCAUGUGAUAAAGAGUGUGGACUAAAUGAGGGCUGCAACCUUGAACAGCCUUGUUCAGCCAGUGCUUGGCAUUUAGCAGGUACUCUCAAUAGAUCUUCGAGGCCUGACUGGCUUAAUGAUUGAUUGAAUGGGACAGAGUGAGGGCAGAGAGAUGAGAAGGACAAGGCCAGGGGGAGGCCUGUGAUAACUGGGACAAACACUCCAGAGGGGUUAAGACCCCUACCUCUCUGUUUCUGGCCCUGGGAAGGGUGGGCAUGAACUAGGGGUCUAGCUGUCCACAUGGCCCCAGGACCACCUGCCCAACUGGCACUAGAUUUGAGAAAAUCCUAAUUCCCAUUCUUCACUUUCUGGCCUUCUGACUGCUGACUCAAGCAGUAGGUGUUUUCAGGAAAGGGAAUAGGGGAUCCCGCCAGAACCCGAGAUCUAACUCUCAAGGUUGUGGAGGAGGGUAACAGAGGAUACGACGAGGCACAGGGUAAAAACCUUGAAUGCUGGGCUGUCUGACGCCAAAACUCAAGCGUGGCAGCCUCCGCCUCCUCCACCCGCCCCCGCCCGUCCCAAGCCAGGCGCAGGAGUGUGCAAUUCUUCCCAAGCCCUAAAGGGGGGUAGUACCAGGCUGGGACCCGGGGGCUCUGGCCUAGGGCACGGGACCAGGGCGAAGAUCUCGCGCACUUAAAAGGAAGUGUUGGUGACGCCCCCUGGCGAAAGCGAGCGCCGCCCCUGCCUCUCCCUUCCCGCCAGGAUCGCUGGUCUAUCUAGUUGCUUGGGGAGACUCCCCAAGCCCCGGGAGGGAGUGUCCCUUGGGGAGACACCCAGCCCCACUCAGACUUCAGAAAAAGUCCCGAAAGAUGGGGAAAGAAAGAGACCCCAUGAACGAGACUCUCGGUCACCAGGGCGUAGAGAGAGGGGUACGGAGAAACGGCUGACCCCUACAUUCUGGUCGCACCCGCACGGUGACCACCAGCACUGUUGCUCUUUAAGGCGUGGGUGGGAGGCUGGGCCUGGACUUGCGUUGAGUGGGAGGGAGGAGCUUCUUGGUGACGUAAGACCGGGGAGGGGCGUGGCUUCUAGGUGACUCGCCGCCUGGAAGGGGGCGGGCUCUUAAUGACGAGACGCCGGGGGAGGAGACGGGCGUUCAUUGAUAAAAACGCCGGGCUCCCUCGGGCGCGAGCGCAGCGUAGCAAAUCCCGGCAGCGCCACGCGCGGCCCGGGCCGGGCGGAACCGAAACAAGCCGGGCCGGCGCUGCGACGCACCGCCUGCAUGGAGCCCGCCGCCAGCUUCCUAUCCCCGCGCCCUUUCCCCCGUGCGGCCGCCCCGCCCGCGCCCCCUGCCGGGCCCGGGCCGCCUGGGAGUGCCACGCCGGGACCUGAGCUGGAGAUGCUGGCUGGGCCACCGGCGACGGACCCAGGGCGACUUAUCACCGACCCGCGCAGCGGUCGCACCUACUUCAAAGGCCGCCUGUUGGGCAAGGGGGGCUUUGCCCGCUGCUAUGAGGCCACUGACACAGAGACUGGCAACGCCUACGCGGUCAAAGUCAUCUCACAGAGCCGCAUCACCAAGCCGCAUCAGCGCGAGAAGAUCCUAAACGAGAUUGAGCUGCACCGCGGCCUGCAGCACCGCCACAUCGUGCGUUUCUCGCACCACUUUGAGGAUGCUGAUAACAUAUACAUUUUCCUGGAACUCUGCAGCCGAAAGUCCCUGGCCCACAUCUGGAAGGCUCGGCACACUCUGUUGGAGCCAGAGGUGCGCUACUACCUGCGCCAGAUCCUUUCCGGACUCAAGUACUUGCACCAGCGGGGCAUCCUGCAUCGAGACCUCAAGCUGGGGAAUUUUUUUAUCACUGAGAACAUGGAACUGAAGAUGGGGGACUUUGGGCUGGCAACCCGGUUGGAACCCCCGGAACAUAGGAAGAAAACCAUCUGUGGCACCCCCAACUAUGUGGCUCCAGAAGUGCUGCAGAGACAGGGCCAUGGCCCUGAGGCAGACGUGUGGUCCUUGGGCUGUGUCCAGUACACACUGCUGUGCGGCAAUCCCCCCUUUGAGACAGUUGACUUGAAGGAGACAUAUCGCUGCAUCAAACAGGUUCACUACACACUGCCCGCCAGCCUCUCACUGCCUGCCCGGCAGCUCCUGGCUGCCAUCCUUCGAGCCUCGCCCAAGACCGCCCCUCAAUUUGACCAGAUCCUGCGCUAUGACUUCUUUACCAAGGGCUACACCCCUGACCGGCUCCCUGUGAGCAGCUGUGUGACAGUCCCAGACCUGAUACCCCUUAACACAGCUAGGAUCCUGUUUGUCAAAGUUACCAAGAGCCUCUUUGGCAGGAAGAAGAAAAGUAAAAACCAUCCUGAGGAGCGGGAUGAGGUCUCCUGUUUGGUGAAUGGCCUCACUCGGACGUCCAUUGGCCAUCAAGAUGCCAGGCCUGAGGCUCCAGCAGCUUCUGGUCCUGCCCUCAGCUUGGUAGAGACAGUGCCUGAAGACAGUUCACCCCGUGGGACAUUGGCGAGCAGUGGAGAUGGGUUUGAAGAAGGUCUGACUGUGGCCACAGUGGUGGAGUCAGCCCUCUGUGCUUUGAGAAACUGCCUGGCCUUCAUGCCCCCAGCGGAACAGAACCCAGCUCCCCUUGCACAGCCGGAGCCUCUGGUAUGGGUCAGCAAGUGGGUUGACUACUCCAACAAAUUUGGCUUUGGGUAUCAACUGUCCAGCCGCCGUGUGGCUGUGCUUUUCAACAAUGGCACACACAUGGCCCUUUCAGCCAACAGAAAGACUGUGCACUACAACCCCACCAGCACAAAGCACUUUUCCUUCUCUGUGGGUGCUGUGCCUCAGGCCCUGCAGCCUCAGCUGGGUGUCCUCCGGUAUUUUGCCUCCUACAUGGAGCAGCAUCUCAUGAAGGGUGGAGAUCUGCCCAGUGUGGAGGGAAGUGUGGAGGUGCCUGUCCCCCCACUCCUGCUGCAGUGGGUCAAGACGGAUCAGGCCCUACUCAUGCUGUUCAGUGAUGGCACUGUCCAGGUAAACUUCUACGGAGACCACACCAAGCUGAUCCUCAGUGGCUGGGAGCCCUGCUUGUGACUUUCGUUGGCCCGCAACCGUAGUGCUUGUACUUACCUCGCUUCCCACCUGCGCCAGCUGGGCUGCUCCCCAGACCUGCGGCAGCGGCUCCGCUAUGCUCUGCGUCUGCUCCGGGACCGCUGCCCCUCCUAGGGCCCUAACCUGCAGAGCAGGCCAUGACCU